AUGGAAGUCUUCCUUCAGGGCAAAAUGGGGAAAGGACGAAACAAGAAUAAAGAGAAAGACUCGUACUCAGGACCGUCACGUAGACGAAGAGGUGGAGAAGACAGCGAAAGCGAAGAGUCGGUUGCGUCGCAUAUGACAGUCGAUGAUGAUAUGAAGAGUGUACAGGGGGAUGACAUGGAAGAUAUUGACGCUCCGAGUUUCCUCGAUUCCCUUGCCGAACACGUUGAGAACGCAAGCCACAAAAAUAUUUCAAUACGAAUGGCAGCACUGAGACAUAUUCAGCUGGCACUGUGUGCUCAGUAUGUCCCGGAUUUCGUUGCGAAGUGGAGGUUGACCCUUAUUGAACUCAUCACGAAGAAUCUGAAGAAGACAGACGAAGAAAUAGGCGUGUCGGCAGUUCUUCUUGCUCUCAUUUCGCUUCAAUUAGGUGAACAAAUGAGCUCUGAUGUGGAGGAGCCACUGGCAAUUCUACGCACUCUUGUUACGGACCCGGCCAGACCGGAGGGUUUGCGAGCAUUGUGCGCUCUUUCCAUAGCGAUUACUAGUCACGUUGCCUCUGUAAGUGACGAGUCCAUAUCUGCUAGUAUAAAGGCACUGCGUUCAACAUGGGCAGGCAUAAAAGUAACCGCCCAGGGAACACGGCUGUUCACUACUGCUUUACCGAGCUGGACGUUAUUACUGCAGAACACUGAUGCGUCGACACUAAAUUCUGCAUUUGGUGAAUUUGCAAAGUUGGCUGCCUUUCUGGAAGCCGAUCAGCUAGAUAUUCGUAUCGCUACAGGGGAAGCGCUUGCUUUUCUGUACGAGCUUGGAGCAGAAACUCGUCCAGGGUUCCGGCUGCCCAACCAUCAGCAGAUUGUUGAGCUACUUCAUGCGCUUUGUAGCGACGGUUCAAAAGGCAGAGCAAAAAAGGACAAGCGUGCUCAACGGUUUACCUUCAGGCAAGUAUACUCGAGUAUCGUAGACAAAGAUACGCCUUCAAUAACAGUCAAGUUUAAUCGUGAAUCGUUGGUGCUGGAUUCCUGCGCCUCCAAAUUACUGUAUGACCUUUGCUGCGAGCUCCUCCAUGGUGGUAUGGUGCGGCAGUUACAGCACAAUGAGUUGUUGCGUGAAUUGUUCGACUUGGGACCUGUUCAAGAUGUGACUCAGCACGAGAAAAUUAACAAGUUUGCGAAGAUGGCCGCACACGAUGCAGCGUCGAAGUAUAGGAAUCAGAUCCGCGGGAAGCAAAGGGAUAAGCGUAAUGUUGUCUUCUAA